AUGAAGGAGAGAAACAAAGGAGUUGAAAGAUACAACACCAACAUGGAUUGCUUCUCACAUGAAUUGACAUGUAAGAAGCACCCUUCUUCUUCCUCAGUUGGUAUCUGCGCCUUUUGUCUUAAGGACCGUUUGCUCAAGCUCGUCUGCUCGGAUUGCGGCGAGCAGAGGCUCUCUUCCUGCUCUUGCUCAGACGAUAUCUCGACUUCCCGCCGCAAUUCGUGUACUGUCGACGUGGGAAGCGUCGGCAGGGUCUCGUUCUUGAUCGACAACGACAAGAACCAGACCCCGCCAAUUCUUCACAACUCAACAAACUCUUCUUCCUCUUCCAACAACAACAACAACAAAUUGUUUGAAAGAGUGGUAGAUGAGGUUACAGUUUUGCCAAGGAGCAGCAGCAAGAAAAGUAAUAUCAGUGGUGGCGGUAAAUUUUGGAAGAUUGGGAAGCUGUUCAGGAAGAAUAAUAAGAAGAGGAAAGAGUAUUAUUGUGGGAGAAGUGUUGGUGGUUUUGAUGAUAACAAUAAUCACAAUGCCGGUGGUGGUGGCGGCGGCGCGUGCGUAUCGAGAUCAAGGUCGCUAUGCAGUUUCCGCGGUGGUGCUCUGUUUGGAUCUGAGGACGGUACAGAUUCAGUUGUUCCAUCAGGUGCGAGAAGCUCGAUCUCCGCAGCGAGAAGUUCGGGUGUGAAUGGUGGUUUGUUCUUGGAGUCUGGUAGAAGAAGUGGGUACAGUGAAGCUACUGAGCCAAGGAAGAGUGGGUUUGAUGGUCUUUUUCUAGAUUCUUCUUCUGAGAUUAUUGAUGGUGUGAUGAGAAAGGGUAAUAAUGGAAUAAUGGAUAACGUUGUUGAUGGUGGUGCCGGCGGCGGCGGUGGUGGUGUGUUCUAUGGGGUUAAUAGGCGUGUGUUUUCGCUAAGAGAGAGCGAUUUCAAGGGCAUGGAUGAAUCUAGUUUUAUUGAUUUGAAGCUCGAUUAUUCAUCAGAAUCAAGAGCAGAGUUGUUCCCUCCUUCAAAGAUGAUGAUGAGUGAUAAUUUUAGUAUUAAUACACUCUCCGCUUUUGGAAGCACAAGACAUGGUGGUGGUGGUGGUGGCGGCGAAGGAGAUUUUAUUGUUGGCGAUGGAGUAUCUUUAACAAAUGGUGGUGGUUCAUGUAGGAUCGGUGGUGGAGGAGGAAGGAAGAGCAUGAAAGGUUGGAGAUGGAUUUUCAGUUAUAGCAAUUCAACAAACAGGGGAGGUGCAAGGAACAGGGAUCAACAACAAGACCUUCUGUUCAAUGCUUGA